AAACAGAUAUAUGAACUAUUUAAUGCAUUGUCGAUUGAUUUCACUUCUUUAAUGUCCCGUGGUCUUCGCAAUCAUAAGUAAAGUUAUUCUUGAACUUCAUGUCCCAUAGUUCCGUGUUUUCCUAGUUGUCCCUUUGCUACUACUUCCUCCUGCCUUGCGCAAGCUCACAUCGUUGUAGAAUGCGGAUUUCGAAGCUAAUACGAAUAGCUAGCCAGUAAGCUAAAAACAAGGUUCUUGUUAGGCUUUUAAACGGGUAAAAUGUCUAAAACACACUCACAGCCCCCAUCAUCUUCGGCAGCGACGACUACCGGGGGACCUUCCUCGUCCUCUUCAUCUUCAUCCGCAGGGGGCUCGACAUCUCCCGCAACCGUGUUGAACGUGCAGCCCGAGAAACCUCAACAUUACACAUAUCUAAAAGAGUUCAGAACUGAGCAGUGCCCCCUGUUCGUACAGCAUAAAUGCACACAACACAGGCCUUUUUCCUGUUUCCACUGGCAUUUCCUGAACCAGCGGCGCCGCAGGCCCAUCCGCAGACGGGAUGGAACCUUCAACUACAGCCCAGACGUUUACUGUACCAAAUAUGAUGAGGGAACAGGCACCUGUCCUGAUGGAGAUGAAUGCCCGUUUCUACAUCGGACAGCAGGUGACACAGAGCGAAGAUACCACCUCCGCUACUAUAAGACAGGAUCCUGCAUCCAUGAAACAGAUGCAAAAGGCCACUGCAGCAAAAACGGCUCCCACUGUGCUUUUGCACAUGGAUCUCAUGACCUGCGCAGCCCUGUUUAUGAUAUCAGAGAAGUGCAGGUAAUGGAUUCUCAGGGAGGCUCGGGGGCCACAGAGGGAGGAGGAGAUGGACAGUCAGGGCAGGCAGCAAGUACAGCCCUCAUAGAGAAGACCCUGAGUGAGGAACCACGCUGGCAAGAUAACAACUACGUGCUGUCCCACUACAAGACAGAACUCUGUAAGAAACCACCGCGUCUGUGCCGUCAAGGUUAUGCCUGUCCAUACUACCAUAACAGUAAAGACAGGAGACGCAGCCCACACAAACACAAAUACAGAGCAUUGCCAUGUCCAGCUGUGAAACAGAGUGAGGAAUGGGGAGAUCCCAGUAAAUGUGAGGGAGCCGAGGGAUGUCAAUAUUGCCACACAAGAACAGAACAACAGUUCCACCCAGAGAUCUAUAAAUCCACUAAGUGUAAUGACAUGCAGCAGUGUGGCAGCUGUCCCAGAGGGCCCUUCUGUGCCUUUGCUCAUGUUGAAAAGCCCUUUGUUCCAGAGGAACCGUCAUUCCCCACACCAAGCUCCCCUCCACCCCCAAGACCUCCAGACCCUCUUCCCACCCAGGAAGCUUCUUCAAGUCCCAGCAGACACAACAUGGGGCCUAGGUCUGGUUCUGGAUCUGUUUCAGACCCUUUCUACCCAUCUGCAGGGUCAUGUGUAGCGGAGCAGGGACUGCUGGGUAGCGUUUUGUCUCUGUGUGAGGAUGUGAGUGGAGGAGCAGAGCCACCGUCUCCUUGGGCGGGAGAGGGAGGGUAUGGCAGAGCGCCUGGAUUUGAGAGGGAAGAUCAGGCUAAGCAAAGGAGUUUUGCUCUUGAGCAGCGCCACAGAGAAUUGGCAUCAACACAAAGCAAACAGGACUUGUUAGUGUUUCUCCCUGUGGGCAGCCCUUUGAGUCUGUCAUCCAGCAUCCCCUCCAGUUUGGCCGCCACACCGCCCAGUCCUGCCCCUCUCGGCCCCCUGGGAUCCGGCAUCUCCUCAGGCAUGAACGCUAACGCCCUUCCCUUUUACCCCACUAGUGAGACUGUAGAGUCAGUUGUUGAGUCAGCCCUGGAUGAUCUUGACCUGAAUGAUUUUGGUGUGUCAGCGUUGGAGAGGAGCUUGGAGAGCAGCUCUGCUCUGCCCAGUGUUGGAGUUAUGCUGGGAGGUAGCCAGUUCCAGAGUUCUGCCCCAGUCAAUAUCCCGGGAUCCUUUAGCAGCUCUGCUCCUUUUAGCUCCCCUUCACCAUCUCCCCCAAUCAGACCACACGCUUCACCAUUCUUUUCCCACCUGUCACAACCUGGCCAAUCAGAAAGCACCUUCCUGGGACCAUCUCAUAGCUCUUUAGGUCUGAAUGGUAUGAGCACUAAUAUUUGGGAGCAUUUCCCAUCAGGCCAGGGUUCCCCUGGCACCCCCCCAACCCUUUUGCCCUCUGGCCCCUGUGCAGACACUUCCAGGCUCAAACAGGAGCUGGAGGAAGCCCAUAGGACACUGAAGCAGUGGGGUCACAGCUGGAGGCACACAGCUCAGUCGUGGGCUGCGCUGAAAGCAGAUGCAGAGGAGUCCCGUGCUCAUGCAGCACGGUUAGCCAUGGAAGCCGAGAGAGCCAAGCAGGCUGAGGAGGAGGCACAGAGACAGGCUUCUCUCCUGCAGGAGGCACUGGAGAGCAUAAGGAGUGGAGACAACCCCCAUUUAGCACUGCACCAACUCCAGCUAUUACACCGACUUCCCUUGGAGUCGGUCCUCAGUUUGCAGGCUCAGCUCUGUAGCUGCUUACAUGCUGUGGAACAGGUGGUAUACAGGAAACAGAGACAGUGCUGUGUGACAUGUGGAGAGCAGGGCUCAGUGUCACUGCCCUGUGGCCAUGGACUACAAUGUGAGACCUGCUCCACCUCUACGGAGUGCCCGCUCUGCCCUGAACAGACCCUGGAGCAGCAGCUCUCUUGACCUCACAACCCGCUCAGACCAACGCAGAUUCCAGACCAGUCGGUCCUGAUUCCACAGAUACCAGCCUUGGAUCUCAACCGCCAAUCAAAAUUAUGUCGAGGUCAUUUUAUAACGUAACAACUUCAAGCACUGAUCUGGUUUUUGUAUUUUUAAGAUGAUGUUUACUGAUGAAUACCCAGCUUAGCGAGCACAGGUCAUUAAGUGAAAGUUCUUAAUGUGCGAUUUAGGAUUAACAAUUUUUCCAGUGUUGGCCGUGGAACACCAGUACAUUUUACUAGUUAUUGUUCUUGACCAGCAACACUGUUCUUUACCCAUGUUCUUGAUUUGUGAAAAUAACAUUAAGACCUGUGUUAUUUCUUCUCUAACCCUGACUAUGAAACACUUACAUACAUAGUUCUAAAUCAUAUUUUGAUAUGUUUUAAAGAAUACGCCCACCCUAAGGAAAAACAUAUUUCUGCAGCGUUAUCUGUCCAUCUGGAUAGUGUGAUUUCUUUCCAGAAAUCAAGAUAUUUACUUGUGAUAAUCCACAGUUAAGAGCAAUUGUAAGCCCACUAACUGUAUAUGCCAUAGAAUAAAGUAAACCAGUACUCAGAGAUGAGAUGCACAUGCUUUGUGACGACACAGAAGUGAAUGUAAAACUACCAGCUGUUCUCUUGGCAGAAGUAUAACUACGUGAUGCUUGGUGGCCUGGUAGUAUCACUCUGGUUCACUCUGCUGUGUGUUUACAUCCAGUUCAGAGUACCAUGAGUAACUGCAUUUAUCAUUUCUGGAAAGAGUUUGUUGUGUUGUGUGACAGCAAAGAUCUCAAAACCUUCUAGAUGGAUGGAUGACCGGGCAGGUUAGCAGCCUUUUUGUGAGAGUGAUGAGAUAUCUUAACAAAAUCAACAGGUCUGACUGAAAACACUUAAAGGGCAUAUUUAGUCCAGACAAUGAGCCUGUAUUGCUCUACAGCCAAAAGGGGGCCGUCUUACCAGUGUGCUGGUUGCGCUUGCCCGGAUUAUAUUGAAUUUGAAUAGAUUUUUGUUUGUGUGU